GGGGUGACGGAGCAGCUUCGCUACGGUGGUGUUUUGCAAGUGGUGCAAGUGAGUCCGAAUCCUGGUGAUGGUCACUGGUCAACAGUGACAUGUCGUGCUGACCCCUCAGGUCGUGCUGGCUAUCCAGUACGCAUCAAUCAUCAGGAAUGUUGGGAUGACUACAAAGUCAUUGGUGCCAGCAAGGUGGUGAACGAACUCAGGCACAUUCAGGCUCAGAAGCUGCUGGAUCAUUUGGAUACCGAAUUGAACAUCCCCAAACCAAAGCGCCACGCCCAGAUGUGGCAUGGGCAAUCCUGGGCAGUCGGCAAAACUUUGGUUUUCUUCAAGCUUCCAGCAUACGUACUUUGCUUGAAAUUUGUACGGUCAGAGAGAGGAAGAGCCACCCGAGAGACAAAUGUUUUGUUGCUCUCCCAAGCGGUCAUUGGCCUCAAUGAGGUGCUUGACGCAGUGCAAGAAUUCCACAAGCUUUGGUUUCCCGAUUUGGAACAGCCAGACGGCAUCCAAAGCUUCUGGUUUGGGGCUCGGCGCCCUCGUGAUCGAAAACUCUUCAAGGUCUUGAACGCCCCGCUGCGUGCCGCCGAGCAGCUCUUGCGGGAUUCACCACCACCGACGAUGCUGACCAUGGAGCAGCAGCUGCGGCUGGCGGUGUUCUUGGACCAACAGUCGAGGAACGAGCGUGCCGGCGGAGAAACACCCGAGGUCGAAGAACUGAUCCGAUGCUGCUCCAGCCUUGCGCGAACGCUGGCAGAUCAGAUCCUCGGAUCGUGUAAAACCUGUGAGGCCAUCUUGGAAAGCACGGGUGCAUCACACGCGCAGUUUUGCUUCUUCACGCUGGUUCUUCGGCAUACCCAAAAGCUGGAAGAUGUGGUAGUGGCUCAAAAUUUGCUUCAAGAACUGCAGGCAUUGUCUGACACCGACUUGGUGAAGGCUUUUCUGAAGUAUAAUUCUGAGGCACUUCUGCGUUUACAGUCUUGCGCGUAUGUGGAGGAGGCAAUUCACCAGCACUUCCCAGAACAACUUCGCUCCAGUCAAAAACCGAUGUUUGAUCGGUGUUUGGCUCCAAGGUGCUUGGGUGAUGAUUUUGCGUCGCGAUGCUUGUCUUGGCUCCACGUGGGGUGGCGUGCUUGGGCCAGCCAUCUCAUGGUGCAGGAGCUGCAACAGAGCCUUGAUCGACAAGGCUUGCUGAAUUCAUCCGCACAUGUGUUACUCUCUUAUUCUGGAGGGGUUGAUAGCACAGCCCAUCUUCUUCUCCUGAGGGCACUUCGUGAGUGCUGUCCCGAUGCCCCAAGCAUCUCUUGCUUACUCUUGUCGUAUCCAAAUCGUGAGGCGGAUGAAGUAGAAGCGGAGAAGCAGUGGGCUUCCUGGAUUUGUCACCAGCUUGGAGUUGAUCUUUUUGUUUACGAGGUGCGCCUUGCCCGUCCUCACCUGGAUGCAGGGGACGGAGUCUUUGGGGUGACGAGGGAGGAAUAUGAACGCUGGACCAAGGAGAUCCGUUUUCGGAUGUACCGAUGCCUCCUUGCCCCUCACCAAGGGCGAAAGGCCGUGAUUCUGGGUCACCACCAAGAUGACGUGGAUGAAAAUCGCCUGGAUCACUUGAUGAAGGGACAUGUCUUGGGUGAUGUGGAGGGCAUGUGGGCCUGGCGCGAGAUUCACGAGGUCCAACUCUUCCGUCCCCUGCUCCAUCGCCGCAAGGCCGACUUCAUCGCCCUUUUGGAGGAGUUCCCCACGCCGCACCUGCGGGACUCCACGCCGGGCUGGUCGGUCCGGGGCUCCACCCGAGCGGCUUUGGAUUCCUUGCCGUCGGAGACGCGAGGACGGCUGGUCUUCGCCUUGAAGGAUUUUGGGUCUUUGAGUCGUGAGGUGGGUCAGGAGCUGGACAUGGCCAUAGAGCUUUGGGCUCAAAGCUGCACCCAUCAGCUACAGCUGCCACGUGGAGCCACUGGUAUCGCUUUGGACCUCAAGGCACUUUGGGCUUUGCGAGUGGGUGAGCGGCUGGCGGAGGUCAAAGAACUGAUUGCAACGAUCCGUGAGAUUUGGAACCCUUUGGUGACCUCGAACGCUUUGAGCGUGAUUCCCGAGAACUUCUCCGACAUCCCCUGCUUGCUUUUCGAGAAGGGCUUUUUCGCUGCGGCUGAGAGCUUGGUCUCUAAGCGUCCGGACCAUUACCAUUCAUCGCACGGGUCGUCGGUCAAUCGAAAGGCAGUGCGACAUUUGUAUGAAAACAUCAGGGCCUGCCUAAAGCCCCACUUUGCGGGUGGCCUCACUCAAGAGCUGGGGUAUCUACAUGUCACAGAUUGCCAAGUGCUAGUGCUCUAUGACGCUUCGGCGCAUCCGGAUGUGGAUUUCAAGACGAUGCGAACCUCCAUCGUGGCCAGCGUUUGCGCCAGCAUGUCCUCCGCGAGCAAAAAGGAAGACUCUUCGCCUCGCGGUUUCGGCAUGCUGAAGGAAAGCAGACUCCAAUUUACUCCAAUUAGCCAACUGAUGACGCUACUAGUAACAUCUAGUAACAAGGGCAUCUUACUAGUAGCUAGAAGCCGACUGAAGCUGACUGAAGCUGACUGCCGGAAAAUGGUGGCUCUCUGUGAUGGGCUCUCCAGGCCUUGA